AUGGCGGACCUACCGUUAGACCGAGUACGUCAGGCUAAGCCUUUUUCGAUAACCGGAGUCGACUACGCUGGGCCAUUUCCAGUCUACAAUCGUCGUUCCCGCGGAGCGACUCCGUUCAAGGCCUACGUGUGCCUUUUUGUCUGCUUCGCAACUAAGGCAGUCCACCUAGAGCUCGCCUUUUCUCUAUCUACAGAAUCGUUCCUGUCAGCCCUGAGGCGCUUCAUCGCUAGACGCGGCCGUUGCUCGCGAAUAUACAGCGACUGCGGCACCAACUUUGUUGGAGCUCAACGGGAGCUCGUCGGCUGCAUGCAGGCCGCCUCGGAACGGGAGCAAAUCCAGUGGGCCUUCAACCCCCCCUCGGCGCCGCACUUCGGUGGUCUUUGGGAAGCCGGGGUCAAAUCGAUGAAGACCCACUUGAAACGAGUAGUGGGGACACAGAUCCUCACCGUGGAGGAAUUCAGUACGCUCAUAACCCAAGUAGAAGCUAUCCUGAACUCCAGACCCCUCUGUCCCACCAGUUCAGAUCCCAGCGACCUCGGGGUGCUCUCCCCGGGACACUUCCUCACCCUGGAGCCUCUCGUGGCGGUUCCACACCCUGACCUGAGCCCGGUGCCGAUGAACAGACUCGAUCGGUGGCAACUGGUACAACAUAUGCACCAGCAGUUCUGGAAGAGGUGGCAUGACGAAUACCUGCACACCCUCCAACAGCGACCGAAGUGGUUGCAAUCGGCACCUACGGUAAAAAAGGACACACUGGUCCUGGUAAAGGGUGAAAACGCCCCUCCCUUGCAAUGGAGGCGAGGGCGAAUCGUGGAGCUGCACCCGGGCCGUGACGGCGUCGCUCGGGUCGCUACGGUGCGGACGGCGGAUGGCGUGCUUACCCGUCCUCUGGUGAAGUUGUGCCCACUGCCGAUGGACGCUUCACCAGAGGAAUCUGUUCAAGCAUAG